AUGUGUAGUCGACGACAAGAACAAAUGGUAGCUAAACGUCGUUUAGGUAAAAAUGGUCCACAAAUAGCAUCAAUUGGUUUCGGUGCAAUGGGUUUAUCAGCAUUUUAUGGAACACCUGCAUCGGAUGAAGAACGUUUUAAAGUUCUUGAUCGAGCUAUUGAACUUGGAUGUACUUAUUUUGAUAGUGCUGAUAUUUAUGGUGAUAAUGAAGAUUUAUUAGGAAAAUAUCUUCAAAAAUAUCCACAACAACGUCAAAAGGUAUUUCUUGCAACAAAAUUUGCUGGUGUUAUGAAUCCAGAUGGAUCACAUGGCGUUCGAAAUGAUGCGGCAUAUGUUCGUCAAGCUAUUGAAAAGAGUUUAAAUCGUCUUCAACUUGAUUAUAUUGAUCUUUAUUAUGUUCAUCGAAUUGAUUCAAAAGUUCCAAUUGAAGAAGCGAUGAUGGUUUUAAAAGAACUUGUUGAAAAAGGUAAAAUUAAAUAUAUUGGUUUAUCCGAAUGUUCAAGUGAUACAAUUCGUCGUGCAUAUAAAAUUCAUCCAAUAUCUGCUGUUCAAAUUGAAUAUUCACCAUUUAGUUUAGAUAUUGAAAGAGAAGAAAUUGGUGUUUUAAAAACAUGUCAAGAACUUCAUAUUUCUAUUGUAUGUUAUUCACCAUUAGGUCGUGGAAUCUUAACUGGACAAAUUAAAAGUCCUGAUGAUUUCGAAGCAAAUGAUGUUCGUCGAAUAUUACCAAGAUUUUCCAAAGAAAAUUUUUCCAAAAAUCUUCAAUUAGUAGAAACAAUCAAUAAAAUUGCAAAGAAAAAAACUUGUACAAUUGGUCAAUUAACAUUAGCUUGGAUACUUGCACAAGGAGAACAAUUUAUUGUUAUACCAGGUACAACUAAAAUUAAAAAUUUAGAAGAAAAUGCCGGUGCAGCAAAUGUUAAAUUAACUAAAGAAGAUAUUUUACAAAUUCGACAAGCUUGUGAAAAUGCAAAUAUAAGUGGAGAUCGAUAUCCAGAACAAAUGGCUUAUAUGUCAUUUGCAGAUUCAGCACCUUUGAAAAACUAA